AAACAACAACAGAAACGCAAAAAAAUUAAUUGAAAAUCGAAGAAUAACUGAAAAGAAGAAAUUGAGAUUUGCAAUUGCCAGGAAAAAUUGUCAAAAUAUAAAAAUUGCUGCGUUUCAAGGGAAAAACCAAAUUGCAUGACCUCACAAUUGCCAUGAACCGCCCACUAGUUACAGGGGGAGCGCAGAUCGCAGGAAGGUCACUCCGUGGAGGUACUGAAGGGUAAGGACAAAUAUCAAAAUGUUCUGAUGGCAUACAAACAAGAUGAUACCCUGGAUGCGCGAGAAGUUCAACGAGAAGCGUGCCAAAUGGCUGGCACGUAGCAAACGUGAGCGAUCUGGAAGCACUAGUCACAAUAAUACCAACAACACCGCGAGUAGCGCAAGCGAUGUAGAGAGUAUUAGCAAUGGAUCCUCCACCCUGCAGCUGCAGGCUCCAAGCAAUCACUCUCACGUGCAAACCUUACCAGCAACCACUGCGACAGCAGAGACGGAAACCCAAACCGAUAUGGUUGUUAUCGGUGGCGGGAGUUGUGUUGUCCGCACUCCAUCUCCGGCGCGAAGACGCCGCAUACAGCUGGAAAUGCAGUUGCGGAAUGGCACAUUUGCUUCUCCACAAUCAAGAGUGGAUGUGGCAUCGAGAACGGAGGCAGGAUUGGCAGGAGCAGAGACAACGGGGCAGGCGGUGAAUGCUUUGUUCCUUAGAAAAACAUGCAAUUCCAGUCGUCUCACCUCAGCAUCAGCGGCCAGUGGCGUGGAGAGUGAUCAAGUCGAUAAAUCAGGUGAAUUCAUUACUGUGCGUGUUAUUUGUCCCAGUUCCCGAGUGCUCAUCUUCAAGACGGAUGUGAAUAAACGUCUAAACGAUUUAAAAAGUGAAGUCAUUUUGGAGUUAAGCGAUGAUCCCGAUUCCAUACAAUUAUUUGCACCGGAUGUCCGCCAUCUGAAUCCUCGUUAUCGUCUCUAUCGGGCCGAGUAUAUGGGCGGCGAGCUAAACGAGACCGAGACCUUGGCCCAGCUGAAGGUGCGUCACAAUGAGACGUUCAUUUUAUCGGCCAGAAGGAACACCCUGCCACAGACAGUCUCACGUACUAGAGAGGUGCCCGGUCCCAAUGAGCAACUGGUGGAGAGUGCCACCCGCUUCUUGGCCUGCAAUACUAGUGCUUUACCCACCAUCGAUAUAAACGAGAUCUUUCAACAAUCAAAUAUUCAAUAUGAUGUACGCAAAGUGCUCAUUUCGUUGGCCCAAGCCUCGGCAGCUAUAAUUGGAGCUGGUCCGUAUGCACCACGUCUUAUUGCCAUGCUCAAGCAACGUUUGAUCAAUCGCAGAAAUCAUCAGGCCGACACUCUGCAGUGCCUCGUGGACAUGGGUUUUCAGCGUGAGCUGGCUGCCUAUGCCCUGAAAACCAACGAUGGCAUCUACUCAACCACUUUGGAAUGGUUGAUACAAAAUCAGAAUGAAGAAGCCUGCCAAGAGCCACCCGCUGCCAUGAACAUGCAGCAAAGUGUCUCAUCCAUUUCACCAUCAGCGAUUGUCACAAAUAAUGAUACAGUGGAGAAUACCGCCGCUCUAAUGGAAAUUGUACGCAUCUAUAGCCAUCGGGAUACUCCACCAAGUGAGGAAAUUGUUGAAUCACUCACCGAAAUGGGUUUUGAGGAAACAGCCGUUCUGACUGCCCUCAAAAAGACGGGCAACAACAAGGCAUCUGCCUGCGAGUGGCUCUGCGAUAAUCGCACGGGCAGUGUUAUUGAAUUACGUGAAGGACUCGCCGCCGAUUCACCCAUAUUAAAAGUCAUUCUUGAAAUGCCACAAGUUCAAAUGACCCUCAACAAUCCAAAGACUUUUUUGGCAUUCCUGGGAAUUCUGGAGAACGAGCAUGCCAUACGCGUGUGGCGUGGCGAUAACGAUACCACCUCGGUCAUCACACAUAUCCUGCAAAAGUAUCAUGAGGAGAAGCAUGUACUGGGCAUCAAUCAGUUCUAUACGAAUCGUUGGUAAAGGAGAUCGAUCUAUCAGAUUGGAACGCUUCAAAGUGGCUUUAUAUAUAAUAAUUUCAGAUGAAGACAACGUCGAAUGAUAUUUAUCGCUAUAUAUAUAUAUACAUACAUGCAAAACAUACUUACAUAUACAUAUAUAUAUAUAUACACUGACAAAAACGCAUACAUUCACACAAAGUGCAUAAGUUACCAAUUAAUUGAGUGAGUGAGUCUGCAAAUGUGUUUAAAAACUAUUUUUGUAGCCAAAGAUUAUAAAACAAAAUAUGCACCAAAAGCCAAAAAAAAAUAUUGCAAAAAUUAUGAUGAAUUUGCCUAAAGCACGCAAUUGCACUUGAAAAAUGAAAAAAACGCUUUACCGAUCAGUACGAAACAUUACCAAUGAAAACUCUAUCUCUAGUGUUUAGAUCUAGUUUGAUCGUCAUCGUGAAAACAUUUCAAUUAUUGUAGUAGGGCUUCACUCUAUUCUAGUCUACUCGAAUUACUAUUUAUAUAUACAUCUACAAUAUGUAUCUACUUCACUAUCAAACGCAUCUCGCACAAAAGAUAGAUAUUCAUACAUACAAGCAUCUAGAGGAAAUCAUCUUAAAAUGUUUUUUUUCGGGUGAUUUUCAAUGCAAAGUUGUUCUUCAAAUUGCGAAAAAUAAAACGGAGCAGAAACCAGCGCGCUUUUUAGAAGCAUAAACUAAAACAUAAAGUAUUAUUUUGUAAACCAAAUAUUGUUUUAACAAUUAAGCAAAUAAAUUAGUUUUCUACAAAAAAUA